UGUCAAAAGGAAACUUGGAAACGUAAGUCGCUUUGAACGGUCCCGAAGCGCACAGGAUGCACGACCCGGUCAUCGUUCGCCGCACGAAAGCAAUAAUCAUGAACCUCCAUCACCGUCGUCGUCGUCGUCGUCGUCACAGUCACCAUCAUCUCCCUCCCCCGAGUCAAACGAAGCCCUCAAUGUCAGGGAGCAGUGGGACCAGAGAUACCGUUCGGAGUCCGAUCUAUCCAGGAGCAAUGGAAUCCUCAACCCCGUCGCUUUCGAUGGAGAAUUCCCAUCUCAUCUUCCUUGACUCACCGCCCCCCGGCUCAUGCACAGGCAAAGUCCAACACUCAUUAUUUUUACUGUCAGCGGCCUUUAUAUGUCCGCUGCUCGAGCGCCUCGGUUUGACCGUCUUCGUGCUGGGGGGUGUUAUUUCGUUCCGUUCUUGGAGUUUUGAGAGCAGCAGAUCCUCCUCCUCCUCCUCCUCCUCGCUGUUGGGAAGCCGCCCGGCAUGGGAAUCUGCGGUGGGAAGCCUGCGAAGUGUGCUCAUGCUUCGUCCAUCACCUUCGCCGGUUUGUGCUCGAGAAGCUAAAAGAUCUCUUAGCAAUGUUAGGCGGGAUCCGCCCCCUCUCAACUGGCAAAAGGCUAUACCGGGCUUGGAGAAAUCUCUGAUGAUUACCAAGCUUGAUUCCUCGGUCUCCAACAAUCUCAAGUCCUUUAGCUUCAGCGAUCUCAAGAAUGCCACCAGAAACUUCCGCUCUGAAACUAUGCUUGGAGAGGGAGGGUUUGGUUGUGUGUUCAAAGGAUGGAUUGACGCGAAUACACUAUCUCCUGCUAAACCUGGAAGCGGGAUGGUGGUGGCUAUAAAGAAACUGAAGUCUGAGAGCUUUCAAGGCCACAAAGAAUGGCUUGCAGAAGUAAAUUAUUUGGGCCAACUUCACCAUGAGAAUCUAGUUAAGCUUAUUGGCUAUUGCUGUGAGUCGGAUAACAGACUACUCGUGUAUGAAUUUAUGCCAAAGGGUAGCUUGGAGAAUCAUUUAUUCAGAAAAUGCGUUGAACCCAUUCCUUGGGCUACAAGGAUGAACAUUGCCAUCAGUGUUGCACGAGGAUUGUCUUUCUUGCAUGGCUUAGAUGCUAAUGUCAUCUACCGUGAUUUAAAGGCUUCCAAUAUUCUGCUUGAUUCGGAUUUUAAUGCCAAACUUUCAGAUUUUGGCUUGGCAAGGGAUGGGCCUACUGGGGAUAAAACUCAUGUUUCAACACGAGUAGUGGGAACCCGGGGCUAUGCAGCUCCAGAGUACGUGGCAACAGGUCACCUAACACCAAAGAGCGAUGUCUACAGCUUUGGUGUUGUUUUGUUAGAAUUACUCAGUGGAAGACGAGCUCUGGAUGACGAGAGGCCUGGAUUUCUCGAGGAGACCUUGGUCGAGUGGGCAAAGCCUUUCUUAAGCGACAGCAGGCGGAUCUUUAGAAUCAUGGACACAAGAUUGGGCGGUCAAUACUCUAAGAAACAAGCCCAAGCUGCCUCUGCUCUUGCUUUGCAAUGCCUCCAUACGGAUCCGAAGAGUAGGCCACCGAUGGUUGACAUUCUGGCGACUCUAGAAGAGCUUCAUACAACGAAGGAAGGGCUGAGAACGCCACGUUCCAAGCUCAACCGCCAUGGGAAUUGGAGCUAAGCAUCUCGAGUCGUGCUUGCAAGUAACGAUAUGAGGUCGUCACAUCUGUAGCCACGUUCGCAUUAUUAGUUUGAAUACCUGCAUCAGUGUGAGAACCCAAUAAUUUAGGCGACACCAUAGUUAUUCUGGACGCACCAUGUGAUUCUUUUGUAUAGGCGAAGGUUUUCUCUUCCAUAAACUCGGGGUCGUCUUCAGUAAAACAGAAAGACAUACUGUUGGACACUUGUAUAUUACCGUCAAAGAGUUAGUUAGCUGAAUGAAAUCGCAACAUCUCAAGAGACCCUGAUAAAUUUGAGUCGAAACAUUUAGACGGGCAAA